AUGCCUUGCAUCAUUCACUCUGCAAUAAGGAAUAGCUACCACUUUGUCACCUACUCAAGGCAAGCAAUUUUGCUAUGGACUUCACUGACUGUAGUUUUAUGCAAUUGUAGCCCCAACUUUAAGUGUCCUUCGGAGGAGUAUGAAGCUUUAUUAGAGCUUAGAUCUUCUCUCCUUCAUAACAACCUCCCUUCACCACCUACAUGGGGAAGAGGAAAAGACUGCUGCCUCUGGGAGGGAGUAACUUGCAACAAUAGAACACAUCGAGUGAUGAAGAUCAUGCUAUCGAGCCUAGAAGAUAUUAUGAAUUGGCAAUUGAAUUUCAGUAUUUUUUCCUCCUUUCGUGAUCUUCGACUGCUUAACUUGUCCAACAAUAAUAUUGGAGGAUUGCAAUCAUAGAUAGGCAUUUCAGGAUUAAGAAAGUUGAAAAUUCUUGAUCUCAAUAAUAAUCAGCUCAAUGGAAAUAUUCCAUUAUAUCUCAAGAACCUAUCUUCCCUCCGUGCCCUAUAUCUAGGAAACAACAUGCUAAAUGGCACACUUGAUAUAGAAGAUAUAUCAGGAUUCAAAAAGUUGGAAAUCCUUGAUCUCAGCUAUAACAGGCUCACUGGAACUAUUCCAUUAUCGUUUAGAAAUCUAUCUUCACUUAGUGCCCUAUAUCUAAGGAGCAACAUGUUAAAUGGCACACUUCAUAUGCAAGGUAAAUCAGGAUUCAAAAAGUUAGAAAUCCUUGAUCUCAGCGAUAACAGCCUCACUAGGACUAUUCUAUUAUAUCUGAAAAAUCUAUCUUCACUUAAUGCCCUAUAUCUAGGAGGUAACAUACUAAAUGACACACUUCGUAUGCAAGAUAAAUCAAGAUUCAGAAAGUUAAAAAUCCUUGAUCUCAGCUAUAACAGCCUCACUGGGACUAUUCCAUUAUAUCUUAAAAAUCUAUCUUCACUUAAUGCCCUAUAUCUAGGAGGCAACAUGCUAAAUGGCACACUUCAUAUGCAAGAUAAAUCAGGAUUCAGAAAGUUAAAAAUCCUUGAUCUCAGCUAUAACUGCUUCACUGGGACUAUUCCAUUAUAUCUCAAAAAUCUAUCUUCACUUAAUGCCCUAUAUCUACAAGGCAACAUGCUAAAUGGCAUACUUCAUAUGCAAGUGCUCAGUAGACUGCAGAACCUACGUGAGUUGGAUCUCUCCGACAACCAACUGAAUGGAAGUCUUCCGUUAUCUCUAAAGAAACUAGUUUCUCUUCAAUAUUUAGAUCUUUCUAAUAACCUGAUGAAGGGUAAUAUUCCACCAUGCAUCUUUUCAGGUCUUGUUUCACUUCAGUAUCUAGAUCUUUCUUCCAACCUAUUUGAUGGGCAUUUCUCAUUUUCCUCCUUUGGUAAUCUUUCAAGGCUAGAAUAUAUCGACUUGUCAAACAGUGGGGAAUUAUUUAUACAUCUUGACAGAGGAAAGUUUGUACCAUCCUUGCAGCUACAGAUCCUCAUAUUGUCACAUUGUAACCUUGAUGCGAACCUCCUGGCUUCCUCAUCUUUUAUUGCUUCCCAAUACACAUUAGAAUUUCUGGAUCUUUCCCACAAUAACUUGAAAGGAAAUUUUCCCAAUUGGUUGUUCAAAAAUCUAACCAGACUAGGAUUUCUCAACUUGAGAAAUAACUCGAUAAUGGGUGCAUUUCAAUUCCCAAAGCAUCUGAAUAUAAGCAUGUCCCAAGUUGAUAUCUCUAUGAAUUUGCUCAGUGGAUCGAUUCCUACAAACAUCGGCACAAUAUUUCCAUAUAUGGAGGCCCUAAAUUUAUCCUCAAAUUAUCUAACUGGAAAUAUUCCUUCAUCAUUUGGAAGUAUGAAUCAUCUGGAUUUUUUGGAUUUAUCCAAUAAUCUAUUAUCCGGUGAAGUACCAACUCACCUGAUGGGUCCUAAUUUGAUUGUCUUGAAGCUUUCCAACAACAAAUUGCAUGGGCAGUUGCGUUGUCCAAAUCAUAGUCAUGGUCUUCCUUCACAUAUUUAUUUGGAUGGGAACAAUUUUACCGGAACGUUGCGGAGCAUUCUAUCACAACAAUUAUUGCUAUUCGAUGUCCACAAUAACCAAUUAUCGGGUACAAUUCCACAGAGUAUAGGACUUGUUUCCAGUCUAAUUAGUCUCAACCUCGCAGGAAAUCAUUUCCAUGGCCAAAUACCAAAUCAUAUAUGUAAUCUAACAUCUCUUUACGUAUUAGACUUAUCCCAUAAUAAUCUCUCCGGGUCAUUACCUCGUUGCUUCCAAUCAUCCAAACUAGUGCUUCUCAAGUUUGCUGGGAAUGCUUUAACAGGCACAAUUCCAAGUAAUUAUUUUAAUAUUUCAGACCUUGAAGCAUUGGAUGUCAGCAAUAACCAGCUUUCAGGUAAACUGCCAAGACAGAUAGGAGAAAAAAUGUCUUUGGAGAUUCUUGUUCUUAGUGGAAACUCACUUGAAGGCCCUAUACCAAUUGAGUUAUGCAAGCUACAGUCUUUACAUGUUCUGGAUCUUUCGCAAAACAAUAUUUCAGGAUCAAUACCCUCUUGCUUUGGCAAAAUGCACUUCAGAAAAUCUGAUUCAGCACAUCAAUAUUUGUCUCUCGUUGCCGAAUUGGGUUUUGGUAGUCGAUGGCAAGUCAAUACGGGUGUGGAGUCUUACAUAACUGAGAUAAUGAUUGUAGAACUCGUCAGCAAAGGCAACUUAUAUGCCUACAGAACGGAUUAUUUGGUUCUGAUGUCUGCAAUUGAUUUGUCAGCAAACAAGCUAACUGGAAACAUCCCGCUAGAAAUUGGAAAUCUGGAUGAGCUUGUACAAUUGAAUCUAUCACACAAUCAGCUAACAGGUCCAAUCCCUCAAACUUUCUCAAAACUCCAUCAGAUUGAGAGCUUGGAUUUAUCACACAAUCAGUUGAGUGGUGUGAUACCUUCGCAAUUGACUCAACUAAAGUUCUUAGAGGUCUUUUCAGUUGCCUACAAUAUCUUAUCUGGAUGUACACCGGAUUUCAAAGAUCAAUUUGCCACAUUUAACGUGAGUAGCUAUGAGGGUAAUAUUGGGUUACAUGGGCCGCCACUAGAGAAG